CAGGGGUGGUUGUAUCUGUUGUAGCUUCCCUGAGGUACACUACGGGGGUAAGUAGCACCGAUGGAAUCUUAACAACGCCAACGUUCUGUUUUCGAACGUUUGCUACUGUGGCCUCUUGGGCACAUGUUCCCCAGAGAGGCAGCAGCUUCUGAUCAUGAAGAAGAAAGCGAAGGCUUGGAGGGGAGGCUUGGAUCCUUGGCUCUGAGCCACGUGUUGUGUGAAGCACCCAAAGCCAGGAGAGAUGUAUUUUCCAUAAAUAACUCUUGCUCACACAUACUGUGCCAUGGGCUUAAGGCCUCUUGAGACAGGGAUGGUUUUGUUUUGAGAUAAUCUCUCUCUGUGUGUGAGUGACACGACCGAUUUCUUUUGGGGAGGGGAAAUGGAAGACUAUACAACUAGAACCUAUGGCACUGGUGGACUGGACAACAGACCUCUCUUUGGAGAAACUUCAGCAAGGGAUCGAAUCAUCAACUUAGCUGUUGGUAUCUUAACAUCCUUGCUGCUUAUAGUCACUCUGAUCAGUGCUUUUAUCUUUCCUCAACUACCUCCAAAACCAGUGAAUAUAUUUUUUGCUUUCUGCAUCUCCUUGUGUAGUGUUUCUGCUGGCAUACUUAUCUACUGGUAUCGACAAGGAGACUUGGAACCUAAGUUUAGGAAUCUAAUUUACUAUAUCUUAUUUUCUAUUGUCAUGUUAUGUAUAUGUGCCAACCUGUACUUCCAUGAAGUGGGUAAAUGAUUGCGAGACUGUUCUUAGCUCCACCCUAGAAACAAAGGGGAUAAUCAACUGGACAAGGAUGAAGAAAUGGGUUGUUCAGGGAUAAUCAGUACAUGAUUUUCAUGUAAAUGUAUAUCUAAAGUCCCUCGUGUUGGGAAGAAUUAUUGCCAUAUGACAUGACACUUUGCUUUUAUUUAAGAGCUAACUUUGCACUUAAUGCACAUUCCAACUAUACUGAUGUUUCAGAAGGGCACAAGCUUUUUCAUUUUGGAAAAAACUGCAUUUUUUUUAUUAUUGUACAAAUAACUGCAGCAUUGCAAAGAUCUGUAACAGAAUAAAUAAAUGGCAUCUUACAGUUA